GCGGCGCAGCCUGCAAACCCGGAGACUGGUGGGGAUGGCGGCGGUGGCGGCGUCCGCGGGCCGGCUGCUGCGGCUCCGCGCGGCCGGGGCCGAGGGACCCUGGCGUCGGCUGCGUGGCGCGGGGCUGCCGCGGGGCUUCCUGCAGCCCGCCUCGGCCGAUGGGGAUGCGGCCCAGAGGCGGCAGGUGGCUCACUUCACUUUCCAGCCCGACCCGGAGCCCCGGGAGUACGGGCAAACUCAGAAAAUGAAUCUCUUCCAGGCAGUAACAAGUGCCUUAGACAACUCAUUGGCCAAAGAUCCUACUGCAGUAAUAUUUGGUGAAGAUGUUGCCUUUGGUGGAGUCUUUAGAUGUACUGUUGGCUUGCGAGACAAGUAUGGUAAAGAUAGAGUUUUUAAUACCCCAUUGUGUGAACAAGGAAUCGUUGGAUUUGGAAUUGGAAUUGCAGUCACUGGUGCUACCGCCAUUGCAGAAAUUCAGUUUGCAGAUUAUAUCUUUCCUGCUUUUGAUCAGAUUGUUAACGAAGCUGCCAAGUACCGCUAUCGCUCUGGGGAUCUUUUUAAUUGUGGAAGCCUUACCAUCCGGUCCCCUUGGGGCUGUGUCGGCCAUGGGGCUCUCUAUCAUUCUCAGAGCCCUGAAGCUUUCUUUGCCCACUGCCCAGGAAUCAAGGUGGUUAUACCCAGAAGCCCUUUCCAGGCCAAGGGACUUCUUUUGUCAUGCAUAGAGGAUAAAAAUCCUUGUAUAUUUUUUGAACCUAAAAUACUUUACAGGGCAGCAGUGGAGCAGGUUCCCGUAGAACCAUACAACAUCCCCCUGUCCCAGGCUGAAGUCAUCCAAGAAGGGAGUGAUGUCACUCUGGUUGCCUGGGGCACACAGGUUCAUGUGAUCCGAGAGGUGGCUUCCAUGGCUCAAGAGAAGCUUGGAGUGUCUUGUGAGGUCAUUGAUCUGAGGACUAUAAUACCUUGGGAUGUAGAUACAGUUUGCAAGUCUGUGAUCAAAACAGGGCGACUGCUAAUCAGUCAUGAGGCUCCUUUGACAGGUGGCUUUGCCUCCGAGAUCAGCUCCACGGUUCAGGGAAACCAUUGGCUGCUAAAUAACUAUGAUCGAAGGGGGACUUCUGCUGUACACUGUAGUUAUAUUUGCUUUCUUAGUUAUAUUUGCUUUUUAUAGUCACUCUUUGGUAAAAUAUUUAAAGAACGUUACUUUUCAAAUUCAUUUAGAAUACUUCAAAAGAAAUAUUCUAAAAUAUUAGCAGAUGUUUGUAUUUCUAGGUAGAGGGAUUAUAUUAUGAAUGAUUUUAAUUUUCUCCUUUCUCCUUUUCUCCGAUUUCCAAAAUUUCCAACUGCUUACUUCCUAUCUCAAUUUGGCUGUCUAGUAAGUGUCUCAAAAAAAAAAAGUUCAAACCCACUACGAUUUUCUCAGUGUUCCCUACCUCAGGCCAAAAGCGUGGGAAGCCUCAUUAAAGCCUGAUUUUCCCUUACACCCUGCAUUCAGUCCACCAGGAGGAGCAGGUUUCUAAAAACAAGUCUCUAACCUGAGCAUUUAACUUAGCAUCUCUACUACCCCAGUCAAAACCACCUCCUUUCUUCUCUGAACUAUCACUUUCUUCUCAUAAGUGUUUCCUACAGAGUAGCUGGAAUGCAGUUUUCAAAGUGCAGAUGAGAUCAUGGCAAUUCCUUUUCCCCGUGGUGUCCCAUCAUCCUCACAGUGAAACCCUAACUCCUUAUUUUCUAACCCUCUUUGCCCCCUUCAUUCUUCCCUAUCCUCAGGGACCUUCUUGUUCCUUGAAUGAAUGUAAUUGUGGUCAAAAAAACAUGAGGCUAAAAACAUGUAUUUCUGACCAUAGCUUCAGAAUAUCUUACAGAGCAGACAAAAAUAGAAAAAUUGAUCCACAUAGGACAACAAUGCCCUGGAUGAGACUUCAGUUUCUUAUGGUGGUGGUGUUAUUUUUUUAUCUUUUUCUUAAUUCAUAUUUGGAUAACUUUUAGAACUUGUAAUAUAAAAAUAGCUGAUGCUGAUUUACGUAAUUAUGAAAGAAGGAAAAAAAUUCUUUUAGAUUCAAGGAAAAAUGUUACUUUGGUAGCAUAUGAUUCCAAUUUUCCUGUAAUUUUAAUCACUAAUUCAGUAAUCAUUCAACAGAAAUCCAGUAUAUGAGUUUCUUUUUCUUUUCAAUUGUUCUAUAUUGGCUUUUAUCUCCUUCAAAUGAUGAUGAAAGUAGUUCUCAAUUACAUUCUAUGAGUACUGUUGUGGGACUUAUCUGGUGGUCCAGUGGUUAAGAUUCUGCACUCCCAAUGCAGGGGGCCCGGGUUUGAUUCCUGGUCAGGGAACUAGAUCCUGCAUGCUGCAACUAAAAGAUCCUGCAUACUGCAACUAAAAAGAUCCUACAGGCGACAAUGAAGAUCCCACAUACCGCAACUAAGACUCAAUGCGGCCAAAUAAAUAAAUAUUAAAAAAAAAACUAUGGUAAAGGUUAUGUUGUAAUUGAAGGAGAGGAGGAAGUUAGGAAAUCCAAAGACAUAGAUAGAAUCUAUAGGUAAAGACAGUACGGCCAGAGAAAAAACUGAAACAUCACAUACAGGGAAUUACACUACAGAUGGUGGUUUAUUUCUAAUGGGAAACAAUGAAAGCCAAUGAAUGACAUUUUUAAAGGGCUGGAAUUAAAAAAAAAAAAAAGACUACCAACCUGGAAAUCUGUAAUUCAGUCAGCUUAUCCUUCAAAAUAGAGGAAAAACAAGAAUUUCAGAUAAACUACAAAUGAGAGGAUUCACUGCCAUCAGAUCUGUACUGCAAGAAGUAUUAAAGGGAAUUCUUCAGGUUGAAAGGAACACCACCAGAUGGUAACUCAAGUCUAUAACUAAAAGCUGCAGAACAUACAUUCUUUUAGUGCACGUAGAAUGUUCGGUAAGAUAGACCAUAUGCUGUGCCAUUAACAACUUUUGAUAAGGUUUAAGCAUUUCAGGUUGUUCAUAAUAUGUUGUCUGACCACAGUGAAAUCAAAUAAGACAUUAAUAACAAUGAAAAGCCUAGAAAAUAAACAAAUAUUUGGAAAUUAAAAAUACAACUCUAAAUAAGGAUAGGUCAAUGAAGAAAUAACAAGAGAAAUUAUAGCAUCUUAUGAAAUGAAUAACAGUGGACACACAAAAUAAAAUUUGUGCAGAGCAGCUAAAACACUGCUUAGAGGAAUAUGCAUAACUAUAAAAACUAUAAAUGCUCAUAUUAGUAAGAAAAAAAAAAUUAAUGCAGUGUUCAAAGUUUCCACCUCAGUUAAGGAAAGAAAAACAAAAUAUACCCAUAAUAAGUAGGAGGAAGAAAAUAAUAAAGAUAAGAACAGAAAUCAAUAAAAUAGAAAACAGAGGAAUUAAAAAACCAAAGAGAAAAGAAAGAAAAAAAUUGGUUCUUAGGAAAGAUUAAUAAAAUUGAUAAUCCCCUAGUAGGACUGAUCAACAAAAGAAGAGAGAACACAUAAAUCACCAGUAUUGGGAAUGGAAGUAGGAAUAUCAUUACAGACCUAACGACAUCUAGAUGAUGUAACGGAAUCCCAUGAAUGCCUUUGUAUACUGGACAUUCCUUUGCAUGGGUGUGCUAACAUUGGUGGGAGGGUAAAGAGCAGGGCUUGGGAGGGGUGAGGAAAGAGAGAUAACUCUCCAGCACCUACUGUGUGCUCACUGCUCUGCUGGGAAUUUACAGACCUUUUAUUUAAUCCUCUCACCCUCUUAAUGAAGCAUCUGUUAUGCUCUUUUUUACAGAUUAGGAAAUUGAGGCUCAAGAAGUGUAAUUAAUUUACCCAAGGCUAGAUAGCAGGCAAGUAAAGGAAUCAGAAACCACACCACAUCUGUUUCCAGGGCCCAUAUGCUCCCUUGACUCUUUUAAUGUGUUGUGAACAUAGCAGUAGUUAAUCUCAAUAAACAAAGAACAAAGCUAACAGAGCACAUGAAACUGGCUUUCCUGUGUGGGUGUUACUCAGAGGUUUCUGAUGACCAUGUUGUUUCCUUUUUUAUUUAUUUAUUUAAUCCAAAAUAUAAUUGUUUGUUCAAGUUCAGUAUUCUCAACAACCAUUUUCUCUAUUUGUACAAUGAAAUCCGUUUAAGUUAAAUUGAAGGUUGUUAAAAAAGAAGUUGAAUGUUAAGAAAUCUUCUAUUUUGCCUUAAAGAUGAAAGUGCCCUCCUCACCCCAAACCCUGCAGCAUGUACAGAAACAUCAUUUUAGUAAUUUAAGUGUUCAUCUUAUAAAGGAGGAGUAAUAAUACUCUGAAAAAUAGAUUUUAUUUUGUUUUCUUCUAAGAAUUGUCAUAAAAAAUGGCAAUUAAGCCUUUUGCAAUUCUUUUUUCUGAUACAUUAGGAAAAGGAAGCUCUUUUUUAAUGGCUAUUUCUCCCAUUGAAUCUGUCAAGUAGAGUGCAAAAUAUUUUGGGGAAUAUUUUAAAAUAAUGAAAAGUAAAAUAGAAUACAUUUUUGUAGGUAUUCUUUUACAAUCUGAUUAAGCUUAUAAUAUUGAAGCAUUUAUUAGGAGAUGAAUUAAUAGUGGUUCAGUGAUCCAUCUCUAAACGCAUGUGAAGCUCAUGUUGGAAACUCUAGGAGAAAAAUAUCUUUACAUGUAUUGAACUAUAUUUCAUGUUAAUUAUAUCAUUAAAACUGCUAUGUGAAAUUAUUUUUGAAAAUAAACGAUAGAAUUUUUCUUAUGAGUUUUAUAAAUGAUCUCUUAUGAAUGCCAAAAGCUUAUUAUACACCUUUUUAUUUUGCAAAAUGUAUAGUUAUGAUACAUUGAUAUAAUCAGCGUGAAACAUAUUGGAGGACUGAGUGUUUGAAAUGCUAAGUUUUCUGGCAAGCCUGUAUGUUGUCAAAUAUGUGAUAAAAGCAUUUUCUGAUACAGCUAGCUCAAGGUAUGUUUGUUACAUGUCAUUGUAAUCCAGAGGAAUUUGAAUUUUCUAACUAGUCAGACUUUGAAAACAGCCACCAGUUCAACUAUUAAUUGCACUUUUAUUUUUGUUUUGCUCUAAAGUAUAUUUUGGGUUCAUUGU